AUGGUUUCCUGUGGCCCAUCCUGUGCUGUCCCAUCCAUUGCUUCCUGCCCCACUGUUGGGUUUGGGUCAGCAGGAAGUCUUGGCUCCGGAGGUCUUGGCUAUGGUGGUUUUGGCUAUGGAGGCCUUGGCUCUGCCGGUUUUGGCUAUGGCGGUCUUGGCUAUGGUGGCUUCGGCUAUGGCAGUGGUUAUGGCAUUGGUUCAGGAGCAAGCACCAACUCAGCACAGCUUGGCACCUUGGAUGGGAUUAUCCCACAACCAAUCAACCAGAUCCCACCAGCAGAGGUCAUGAUCCAGCCACCUGCCUCCAUUGUGACCAUCCCAGGGCCCAUCCUCUCUGCCAGCUGUGAGCCUGUGGCAGUCGGAGGCAACACUCCAUGUGCUGUUAGUGGGCUGGCAGGAGGCUUUGGUGGCUAUGGGGGUGGCCUUCUUGGAAGCUAUGGGGGUUAUGGCUUGGGCUCUGGCAGCUUCAGAAGGGGUGGAAUCAUUGGAAGGAAGUCUCUUGUGGGACGUUGUGGGAGCGUUUGCUUGUAG